AUGCACACUUUCUUCGACUCGAAUAAUCCUCAAGGCGAAUCAGCACGAAAGGAGGCAGCUGCGCUCGCAUUAAAAGACAUGAUUCGAUGGUUUGAGGAAGAAUCAGGCACCGUUGCUAUAUUCGAUGCAACCAAUACUACACGUGAACGUAGGGCUUUUAUUCUUGAGGAGUGCGAAAAGCAUAAUAUUCAAACAAUGUUUAUCGAGAGUGUUUGCCAAGACGAAAAAAUGAUCUUGCAGAAUAUUAUGGAUGUGAAGCUGAGUUCGCCUGAUUACAAAAAUGUUGAUCCCGAGUCGGCGGUAGAGGAUUUCCGCGCGAGAAUUUCUCAUUACGAAGAAGUGUAUGAAACGAUCGAUGAGAAAAAUUACACUUAUAUAAAGCUGAUUAAUGUUGGAAGUCAGGUGGUCAUCAACCACAUCAAGGGAUAUUUACAGAGCAGAAUAGUCUACUAUCUGAUGAACGUACAUAUUCUGCCGAGGAGUAUAUUUUUCAGUCGGCACGGCGAGAGUAUGUUUAAUCUAAUGGGCAAAGUUGGCGGUGAUUCUGACCUUUCUCCGCGCGGGCGGCAAUAUGCUCAAGCGUUACCGAAGGUCAUCGCUCAGAAUCUUGGGGAUCACGAAUUGACGGUGUGGACGUCGACAAUGAAGCGCACAAUACAGACAGCUGAAUUGUUGCCAUAUCCCAAGCUACAAUGGAAAGCAUUGGAUGAAUUGGAUGCGGGUGUCUGUGAUGGAAUGACAUAUGAGGAAAUUGAGGCGCACUUUCCGGGAGAUUAUGCCAAUCGAGACGAAGACAAGUUCAAUUACAGAUAUCGUGGUGGAGAGUCGUAUCGCGAUGUUGUAUUUCGUCUCGAGCCUGUGAUAAUGGAAUUAGAAAGACAAACGAAUAUUCUGAUUGUUUGUCAUCAGGGAGUCCUUCGAUGUAUGUACGCAUACUUUCACAAUUUGCCGCAGGAUGAACUGCCAUACAUCAAGAUUCCUCUCCAUACGGUUAUUAAAUUAACGCCAAAGGCAUAUGGAUGUGAAGAAGUCAGAUAUAAGGUGGAUAUCGAUGCCGUGGAUACACAUCGUCCUAGGAAUCCAAAGAAGCAAUCGCUAGCCAAUGGCCUAGGAAACGGCUUGCCAGAACAUCAUCACCCAUGA